UGCUGCUGCGCGGCGAAGGGCGCGGCGUGCUCCAGGGGCUGGCUGGCCCGGCAGCCACGCGUGGGCGGCAGAGGCGGGCCGGAUCGGGGCAGCCCCGCGUGGACAGCCGCCGCCGGGCUGGGAGCCGCUCAGUGGCCCGCCGGAAGGGAGGCACCUGCCCGCCUGGCCGCCGCGGCCCCGUCGGGGGCGGGCCGGCUCGGCUCGGCUCGGCUCCUCCCCGCGGAAACUGCUGCUUGGCGGAGAGAGACGCGGCAGAGCCAGCAGCGGCCGCUGCGACGCCUUCGACGGGCAGCGAGGCAGAUCGGCCUCUUUCCUCAUUUCAAGAAUGAACCCUCGACAAUGAGUCACGUCUCCAGGGAGGAGAAUGUUCUCGGCCUCCAUGCACCCAUCACUUUCAGUUCCUGCAGCCUCCUGGCGAAAGAACAGGAGGACAGAGGGUCACUGCCGGGGUCUUGGCCCCCUCUUUCUCCUCCGUCCAGCAGCUCCUGCUACCCCUCUAACUUGCAACUGGUGAAGGAGCAGGUCGGGAUCCCUGCAGUCAGUGGCAUCGUCGCCAUGAGCUCCCACCCUCGCCGCAUCCGCCUGAAGCCCUGGCUGGUGGCGCAAGUGAACAGUGGGCAGUAUCCAGGCCUCCGUUGGGUGGACGCUGAGCGGAAGCAUUUCUAUAUCCCGUGGCGCCAUGCCACCCGGCACGUCCCCAGCCAGGAAGACGAGAACACCAUCUUCAAGGCCUGGGCCAAAGAGACUGGCAAGUACAAUGAAGGGGUGGACGAGCCGGAUCCUGCCAAGUGGAAGGCCAACCUGCGCUGUGCCCUGAACAAGAGCCGGGAGUUCAACCUGAUCUACGACGGGACCAAGGACACCCCCAUGCAGCCCUUUAAGAUCUACGAGGUGUGCGAUGUUCCGCAUCACAACGGAGAUCCCUUUGCUGGAGAUGGAGAUACGUGUGAAGAAGAAGAAGAGUUGCAGAGGAUGAUGCCCACGCUGAAGAUUGCAGACCCUGCCCGUGGGGUGGAGCCGCUGCCCCCUUACCCGUGGCUGAAGCAAGAGGUCCUCUACUCCAGCUCCUGUGGCAAUGGUGCCUUUCCUCACUUGGCGCCCCCGGACGUCCCCGUGGCCCCCCCUGCCCCGCGCCCCGCCGGUGCCUUUGUGGUCGGAGGGGAGUCCCCCGCGCCAAGCUUUGCUGAGCCCCCCGGCCCUGGAAACGUGCCCAUGCCGAGAGACCUGGAGCCCCUCCCGCAGGGGGCCUGUCCGGUGGUGCCCAUGGAGCAGUUCAUCCCGAAUCUGCUCAUCAGCCCGCACAUGCUGCCACUGACCGACCUGGAGAUCAAGUUCCAGUACCGGGGCCGCUCCGCGGGGGGCCUGACCAUCAGCAACCCCCACGGCUGCCGCCUCUUCUACAGCCAGCUGAAGCCCACCCAGGAGCAGGUGGAGCUCUUUGGGCCGGUGACGCUGGAGCAGGUGCGCUUCCCCAGCACAGAGGCCGUGCCCAACGAGAAGCAGCGCUUCUACACCGACCAGCUGCUGGACGUCUUGGACCGGGGCCUCAUCCUGGAGCUCCAAGGGCAGGACAUCUACGCCAUCCGCCUCUGCCAGUGCAAAGUCUUCUGGACGGGCCCCUGCGCCGCCGGGGAGCUGACCCGGCCCAACCCCAUCGAGCGGGAGAAGAAAGUGAAGCUCUUCAGCCUGGAGAACUUCCUCAACGGACUCAUCAUGUUCCAGAAGGGCCAGAGCACCACCCCACCGCCCUAUGAGAUCUUCUUCUGCUUCGGAGAAGAAUGGCCCGACCGGAAGCCUAAAGAGAAAAAGCUCAUCACCGUCCAGGUGGUGCCGGUAGCUGCCCGGAUCCUGCUGGAGAUGUUCUCCGGGGAGCUCUCCUGGUCCGCCGACAGUGUCCGCCUGCAGAUCUCCCACCCCGACCUCAAGGACAAGAUGGUGGAGCAGUUCAAGGAGCUGCACCAGCUCUGGCAAACCCAGCAGAUGGUGCCGAGCCUGGAGCCCGCAGGGGCCGGCACGUGGGCGAUGCAGACCAGCAGCCUGCACCAGUGAGGCGAGGUGUUCCUGGUUCCUUUGUGGCCACUGCCUCAUCUGGGGCUGGGCUGGCUCCUGGUCCCAGGAGGAUGGAGCCAUUUCCGCUCUGUGGGGACUGCCCCCUCCAGGUCCCAGCCUGGGAAGUCCACGGGAGACUGGCUCCGAAGCAGGAGCAGCAGUGGCGGCAGGAGGGGCUCAGGCCUUCUGCUGCUGGGAAACUCCUCGAGGGAGGGAGAGACCCCAGCU